AUGUCUCUACCCUUUACGACACGGAGAGUGACACCGAAAGCUCUCUCACGAUCAUCUCGUCUCGAAUGCCCGUCCACUCGCUGCAACACACGAUCCACGCCAACAUGCGCUUUCUCAACAAAACCAACGAACCGUCGCGCCAAAGCUCCUAACUCGCAAGAUUCCGCUGCACCUAGCGAUAAGCCUGCGAAAGUGCGCAUAACUCCUACAACGUCAGAGCAAUCCGCCGUGCUUCAGCAACGAUUACAAGAAAAGUCCGCCAAUCUAGCCAGAAACAGAGAAGAGCAGCUACGAGAAGCGAGACAAAGACGACUAGACAGAAUCAAGGAAGAGAGGGGGAAAAGAGCACAGGCAGAAGAAGAAGAAAAGAAAGAGUUGACGAAAGAGGAGUUGGAAAAGCAAAAGAAAGAGGACUAUAAGAGAAGGUAUAAAGAGCUGGAGUGGAGAUGGCUCAAGUUUAUUGUUGGAAUGCCGAUUUUCCUGGUUAUGAGUUAUGACCUUUUCCAAAGACUGGUUAUGAAAAGAGAGCAAAAGGUUCCUCCGUGGAGGCAGGCCAAGAUUGAUAAGGAGAAGGAGGAGAAGGAGAAAAAAGAAAAGCUAGAACAAGUUGGUGAGGAAGUCUUGAAGCACUGA